GCUGUGUCAUAUUCUUAUCAAGCGAAUUCACCAACCAAUGUUUCAAGUUCAUUCAGCACACAGCGAUUGUCAAUAUAUUAAUUUCAUAACAGGCAGAGAUAUCAAGUAGAACAGAAACAUACACAUUGGAAGCAUUGCCGGUCACACCCCGGUAAAGGAACGAGUUUCGGCUAAAAAUAAACAGUAAUUGGCGUCCACUGAACCGGUUCGGUCGAAACAGUGUUAUUGUAAAUUCUGCGUACAUUUUGUCAAUAAGUGAUCCAUUUGAAAUGGCAAACCCGAAUCAAGAGAUCAAGUACACUAAGCUCUUCAUCAAUAACCAAUUCGUGGAGGCAAAAAGUGGCAAAACAUUUCCAACCAUCAAUCCGGCCACCGGCCAGAAGAUCAUCGAUGUCGCCGAAGGAGACAGCGCUGACGUCGAGGCAGCGGUUCAAGCAGCCAAGGCAGCAUUCGCACGCGAUUCUCCAUGGCGUCAGCUGGAUGCUUCGGCGCGUGGAAAACUGCUGAACAAGUUGGCCGAUUUGAUUGCUCGUGACAUCAACGUACUGGCUAACCUGGAAUCGCUGGACAAUGGAAAAUCGUUUGGAGACUCGGUGUUUGACAUGAACUGCAUGAUUGAUGUUUUCCGGUACUACGCCGGCUGGGCGGAUAAGGUGCACGGAAGUAUGGUACCGUCGGAUGGUCCAGUUUUGACGUACAUCCGAAAAGAGCCGGUAGGUGUUGUAGGACAAAUCAUUCCGUGGAACUAUCCUGCGCUGAUGGUUUCCUGGAAAUGGGCUCCCGCUUUGGCCGUCGGAUGUACCUUGGUUCUGAAACCGGCAGAACAGACUCCACUAAGUGCGCUGUAUUUGGCUGCCCUUUCCAAGGAAGCUGGCUUCCCAGACGGUGUUAUCAAUGUUGUCAACGGGUAUGGUCCCACAGUCGGAGCUGCCAUUGUAAAUCAUCCAGCGAUCCGGAAGGUAGCCUUCACUGGAUCGGUUGAAACGGGACGCAUCAUUAGUGAAGGUUCGUCCAAGUCGAACUUGAAACGAGUUUCGCUGGAGCUUGGCGGCAAGAGUCCUCUAGUUGUUUUUGACGACGUAAAUUUGGACGAAGCCGUUGAAAUUGCUCAUAAUGCCAUCUUCGCUAACCACGGACAGAAUUGCUGCGCCGGAAGUCGUACAUUUGUGCAGGAAGGAAUAUAUGAUGCUUUUGUCGCGAAAGCCGCCGAGAUGGCCAAAGCGCGUAAGGUAGGCGAUGCGUUUGCGGAAGGCACACAGCAAGGACCCCAGGUCGAUGAAGAACAAUUCAAUAAAAUUUUGAGUUUCAUCGAAUCAGCUAAUAAAGAGGGAGCCAAGUUGCAAGCUGGAGGCAAGCGUUUUGGAGAAGUUGGUUACUUUGUUGAGCCGACAGUGUUCUCCGAUGUAACGGAUGAUAUGAAAAUUGCCCGCGAGGAAAUUUUCGGACCAGUGCAGAGUAUUUUCAAGUUCAAAACACUGGAUGAGGUCAUCGAGAGAGCAAACAACACCGAAUUCGGUCUGGCUGCAGGCGUUCUAACUAACAACAUCAAUAAUGCUUUGGUGUUCGCAAGUACCGUUGAAGCUGGCUCUGUGUGGGUCAACUGUUACGAUUAUGUUGUGCCAACAACUCCAUUUGGAGGAUUCAAGCAAUCGGGCCACGGUCGUGAAUUAGGCUAUAGUGGAAUCGAAUUGUACACAGAAACUAAAACCGUGACAAUCAAGCUUCCUACGAAAGUCUAAUAGACUACUCCCUUUGAAAUUGUGUAAGUAUGAACAGAUGUGCAACUAUUUUCAAUACCCAGCUGCAACCACCGAUGACAUUGGAUUUAUUGUUUGUUUUACCGUGGAGCCCUGGGUGAAAUAAUUUGCAAGCCUUGCGAUGAUCAGGCUUGUACCCUGUGUUUGAAAAAUAGCGCCGGUUAUUGGUUUAAUAAAGAAAAGAUUUUCACUUGA